GUACGAGAGCAAGUACCCCUACACUGCGUCCCGAGCUUCAAAUGGCUCUAUGACUCUAUUUAAUUAGAAUCGUUGGAGUACUCAUAAGAUACGAGCAUCUUCUAAAUUACUUUCAAUAUAUAAAACAUAAUAUAGUCAUGUUGGGUUGAUCUUAUUUGAUUAAUCUCAUGUAGUUUAUUAAUAUUCAAUUGUUAUACUUUUUAUUUUUACUAAUUUGCAACUAUCAAUGAUUAUGGUUUAAAUAAUGCAUGGGCAAACGAGCACAUUCAAAAUGAGAUGGACUUUAAGAUUGGAGGGAGUAAUAUUCAGAAUAAUUUCGAUUUGGUAAUGAUACGUUAAUUUCAGUAAAAAUAAGUUUUAAUCAAUAUAUCAAAUAAAUACAAUAGUAAAUCUAUAAUAAUAAGGAAAAAUUCAUGGGAAUAAUCCCACCUUUGCGCCGUUCGUUUUUAAUAAUCCCACCUUUGGAUUAUUUUUUAAUAAUCCGACCUUUACCCCCUAUUCUUUUUUAAUGGUCCCAUUUGACUAGAAACCGGUUAAACCGGUCAAAUUUUGUUUUUUUUUUGUUUUAAAUACACGUGUCACUAUGCAAUUUGUCUAAAUUUUAAAUUAAAAAACAAAAUUAAAAAAAGAAAAACAAUUUUUUUUAAUUUUUAAAUUUUGAUAAUUUUAAAAAAAAAAUGAAAAAAAAACAGAAAAAAAAUAAUCCCCACCACCAAUGCCAGGCUGCCACCAUUCCCUCUCCUCCCCUUCACGCAGCUCCCCUCUCCCCCAUCCCACCACCAGCCCACCAGACGGUCUUCGCAAGGGUUUGAUCGCCGUAACUCGCAACCUCCUCAAGCCAUUUCUUCUUCUUCUCUCUCUUUCUCUCUCCUCCGACAUUGUUGUUUUCAAGCUCCAAAAAUGGCGGCGAUUUGGAGAGCAAAGAUACCCCAAACUCAGCGAAUCUCGAAGAAGCUCGUAAAAGAGUUUUUGACUUCUUCAAAUUGGCCUGCCGAGCACUUCCUACUGUCAUGGAUAUCUACAAUCUCGACGAUGUUGCCACCAUCUCUCAGCUUCGCUCCACCAUUGCUUUUCAGAUCUGAAAGAAUUCUCAUGUCAGAGAUCCUAAGGUGGGUGGCUGGUGGGUUAAUUGGCUGGAAGUUAUGGUGGGUUAAAGAAGGGAAGAAGAAAGAGGAAAAGGGGGUGGUUUCAGGUGAAGGGAGAGUGGGGUUGCGGUGGUUUCAUAUGAAGGGGAUGGAGCUGUGGUGGUUGUUCGGCGGUUUUCAGUCGGGUAGGGGAAGGAGAUGGUGGUUUCCGGCUGGAAAGGGUGGUGGCUGAACUAGUGGGUGGGUUUGUAAUUUUUUUUUUUAUUAUUAUUUUUUCUUUGAAUAAAUUUAAUUUUUUUAAAUUUUUUUUGACCAAUCGUAGGCCGCCACGUGUCAUGUAA